UUGUCACUUAUAUCUCCACUCUCUCUCUCUCUCUCUCUCUCUCUCUCUCUCUCUCUUAUAAUCUUGACCCCUCUUCUCAUCUGUCCCCAGCUCUAUAUCACUUAUGCUAGGAAAUAUCCCACUUCACUUCUUCAACCUCAAUUCCCUCCAUUCUGCCAUGUGAAGGCACCUGCUUAGCAACCCUUCAAAUCCCCCACUCUCUAAUUUUCCAGCAACCCUUCAUUUCUUUUUCAACCCAAAAAAAAAAAAAAAAAAAGAGAUGGGAAGAACAUAUAAUUAAGCUCCAACUACAGCCAUAGCUAUUGACAUUUCAAUUUCUCUGCUGAGCAGAUUAAAUAUGAUUCUACUCAAUGAAGCAUUAAGUUCUCCUGGGUCUAUUUCAUAUUUUGUUAUUUAAUAUUACCUUUGCAAGCUGGUUCUUAGCUUGAAUUUCAGCUGAUGAUGCUGGAGCAAUAUAUAUAAAUAUUUCUGGUCACCCUCUUGUUAGUGUGUAAGUAAUUGAGUUGAGAGGUGGUGGUGGACGGAGAUUUUGUGAAGUUUUCAUUCGAUACAUUCAAUUUUGAAGUCAUAGUUAUUAUCGUUGAGAUUAAAAAGAGCCUUUCAAAGCAGCCUGAUAGUUUUGGUGCACAAUGGCUCCCAAGACUGGGAAGGCGAAGCCACAUAAAGCCAAGGGGGACAAGAAGAAAAAGGAAGAGAAAGUUUUGCCUACCGUAAUCGAGAUUAGCAUUGAAACACCAGAGGACUCGCAAGUCACCCUCAAGGGUAUCUCUACGGACAGGAUCCUAGACGUGAGAAAGCUGCUGGCAGUGAACGUAGAGACAUGUCAUUUGACCAACUUCUCCCUAUCGCACGAGGUGCGGGGACCUAGACUCAAAGAUUCCGUGGACAUCCUCUCGCUCAAACCCUGCCACCUCACCAUCGUCGAAGAUGACUACACGGAACAGCAAGCCGUGGUGCACAUCCGGCGACUGGUGGACAUCGUCGCCUGCACAACGUCGUUUGGCACCUCAUCCGCUUCUUCACCCAAAACCCCCGGCUCCGGCAGGUCUAACUCCAAAGAAUCCGGUUUAGAAGAGAGCGAGGCACCGCAUCCCCCAAACGUCGACGAGCCCAAUGCCGAUCCGAAGACCAAAGUUUCGGGUCCGGUUCCGAUCGCCGGAGCUGACCCCGCUGUAUCCAUGUAUCCUCCUCCGAAGCUCGGCCAGUUCUACGACUUCUUCUCCUUGUCUCACCUCACGCCUCCGCUCCACUACAUUAGAAGAUCUACUCGUCCGUUCCUGGAGGAUAAGAAAGAAGACGACUUGUUUCAAAUUGACGUUCGGGUUUGUAGUGGGAAGCCGACGACAAUCGUUGCUUCCAGAAAAGGGUUUUACCCUGCUGGAAAGCGCGGUCUUACCACUCACUCUUUGGUUGCUCUUCUUCAGCAGACUAGCAGGCCAUUUGAUGCUGCAUACAAUGCUGUUAUGAAGGCUUUCACUGAGCACAAUAAAUUUGGAAACCUUCCUUACGGUUUUCGGGCAAAUACAUGGGUUGUCCCUCCAGUUGUUGCUGAUAACCCAUCUGUUUUCCCACCACUUCCUCUGGAAGAUGAAAACUGGGGAGGAAAUGGGGGUGGCCAGGGAAGAGAUGGUAAACAUGAUUACAGGCCAUGGGCAAAAGAGUUUGCCAUUCUGAAAGCAAUGCCUUGCUCAACGGCAGAAGAGAGGCAAAUUCGAGACCGAAAGGCCUUUUUGCUUCACAGUUUAUUUGUCGACAUCUCAGUUCUUAAAGCUGUAGCAGCAGUUAAGCGUCUAGUUGAGAGUAAUCAAUGCUUCUUAAACGAUCCCACUCUUUCUAUUCUUCAUGAGGAAAGAGUUGGAGAUUUAAUCAUUAAGGUGACUAGAGAUUUGCCUGAUGCAAGUAUAAAGGUGGACUGCAAAAAUGAUGGCAGCCAAGUUCUUGGAUUGUCGCAAGAAGAAGUUACUCAGAGAAACCUACUCAAAGGCAUAACAGCUGACGAGAGUGCAACCGUUCAUGAUACUGCUACUCUAGGUGUUGUAGUUGUCAGACAUUGUGGGUUUACGGCUGUUGUGAAGGUUUCAAAUGAGGUGAAUUGGGAGGGGAAACAUGUUCCUAAGAACAUUGAAAUCGAGGACCAGCCUGAAGGAGGUGCCAAUGCAUUGAAUGUUAAUAGCCUGAGACUGCUAUUGCAACAGUCAUCCCCGCCUCAGUCAUCAAAUACAGUUCCACGAACCCAGAGUACAGAUUUUGAAAAUUUGCGUUCUUCUAGGUCUUUAGUAAAGAAAGUACUUGAAGAAAGUUUGUUAAGGUUGCAGGGAGGACCCACAACUCAUACAAAGUCUAUCAGAUGGGAGCUAGGAGCAUGUUGGGUGCAGCAUUUGCAAAAUCAGGGUUCUGGGAAAACUGAGUCUAAGAAAACUGAAGAAGCUAAGACUGAGCCAGCUGUUAAGGGUCUUGGAAAGCAAGGUGGACUACUUAAGGAAAUAAAGAAGAAAAUGGAUGUCAGAAGCAGCAAAACUGAACAGGGGAAGGAAUUGAUUGGGACCAACAAAAUUGACACCACUAGUCAGGAGGAAUUAGAAAAGAGAGAUGCAGAAAAGGAAAUUAUUUGGAGAAAGCUGCUUCCUGAUGCAUCAUAUUUGCGCCUCAAGGAAUCAGAUACUGGCCUUCACCUUCAGUUACCCGAUGAGUUGAUUGAAAUGGCACAUAAAUAUUAUGCAGACACUGCCCUUCCAAAACUGGUGGCAGAUUUUGGCUCCCUGGAACUUUCACCAGUUGAUGGAAGGACAUUGACAGAUUUUAUGCAUACCAGGGGUUUGCAAAUGAAUUCCCUAGGACGCGUGGUUGAACUUGCAGAUAAGCUCCCUCAUGUACAAUCACUCUGUAUCCAUGAGAUGGUUGUGCGAGCCUACAAACACAUUCUGCAAGCUGUUGUAGCAGCAGUUGAUAAUGUUGCAGACUUGGCUGCAUCUAUAGCAGCAUGUUUAAACAUAUUGCUAGGAACACCAUCAACUGAAAAUGGGGAUGCAGACAUUACUUAUGAUGAUACAUUAAAAUGGAAGUGGGUGGAAACAUUCCUUUUGAAGAGGUUUGGGUGGCAAUGGAAACAUGAAACUGUUAAGGAUCUAAGGAAGUAUGCCAUUCUUCGUGGAUUGUCCCACAAGGUUGGACUUGAGCUUGUUCCUAGGGACUAUGAUAUGGACACUGUAUCUCCUUUUCGGAAAUCUGAUAUAGUAAGCAUGGUCCCUGUGUAUAAGCAUGUUGCAUGCUCAUCUGCUGAUGGGCGUACACUGUUGGAAUCAUCCAAGACUUCCCUGGAUAAGGGUAAACUGGAGGAUGCUGUUAAUUUUGGCACUAAGGCACUCUCAAAACUUGUAUUGGUAUGUGGGCCUUAUCAUCGAAUGACAGCAGGAGCAUAUAGUCUUCUUGCGGUAGUGUUGUACCACACUGGAGAUUUUAACCAGGCGACCAUCUAUCAGCAAAAAGCACUGGAUAUCAACGAGAGGGAGCUUGGACUUGAUCAUCCUGAUACAAUGAAAAGUUAUGGGGAUUUAGCUGUUUUCUAUUAUCGACUUCAACAUACAGAGUUGGCCCUGAAGUACGUCAAUCGUGCACUCUAUCUUUUGCACCUAACAUGCGGACCGUCUCAUCCAAACACGGCUGCCACCUAUAUUAAUGUAGCAAUGAUGGAAGAAGGUUUGGGGAAUGUCCAUGUUGCUCUUCGGUACCUCCAUGAAGCUCUAAAGUGCAAUCAAAGGCUCCUUGGAGCUGAUCAUAUACAGACUGCUGCUAGCUAUCAUGCCAUUGCUAUCGCACUUUCUUUGAUGGAAGCUUACACAUUAAGCGUUCAGCAUGAACAAACUACCUUACAGAUACUGCAGGCAAAGCUUGGGCCCGAGGAUCUACGCACACAGGAUGCGGCUGCAUGGCUUGAGUAUUUCGAGUCCAAGGCUUUGGAGCAGCAAGAAGCUGCACGUAAUGGUACUCCAAAGCCAGAUGCCUCAAUCUCCAGCAAAGGUCAUUUAAGUGUAUCAGACCUUUUGGAUUAUAUAACACCAGAUUCUGAUAUGAAAGCAAGGGAGGCCCAAAGGAAAGCUCGUGCAAAGGUCAAAGGAAAACCAGGACAAAACUGGGAGGUAGGCUCAGAUGAGUACCAGAAGGAUGAAAUAUUGUUACCAAGUCAUCCUGUUGCAGAGAAUUCAAGUGAUAAAGAGAACCAGUCUGAACCUCAAUUUGCAGAACCUAGGAAUGAGAAAUCUGCUUCAAACCUACUGGAUCAAUCAAUAAUAUUCAAUACAAAGGAUGAUCUAGCAGAAGAUGACACAUCUGAUGAAGGUUGGCAAGAAGCUGUUCCUAAAGGCCGUUCACCUAUGGGUCGCAAAUCUACUGUGUCGAGGAGGCCAAGCCUCGAAAAAUUGAAUACUAACUUUAUAAAUGCAUCCCAGUCAUCAAGAUACCGAGGAAAGCCCAAUAAUUUCACAUCCCCAAAAACGAGCCCAAAUGAGGCUGCUUCUUCUACUGGACCUGCUCUUCCUAUCUCAAAGAAAUAUGUCAAGAGUGCAAGCUUCAACCUUAAGCCAAACAACUCUAGCAUAUCAGCUAGUGGAGGACCAGAGAGACUGUCAAACCCAAAGUCAGCCCCAGCUACCCCAGCUUCUAUUGAUCAAGUUUCCAAGUCUGCUUCUGUGGCAAGUCCAAUCAGUGUUCAGUCAGCUGGAAAACUUUUUUCCUACAAAGAAGUUGCGUUGGCUCCUCCUGGGACAAUUGUGAAAGCAGUGGCAGAACAGUUACCAAAAGGAAGUCUCCCUAUUGUACAAACUUCUCAGGUGGGACAGGAGACACCUGCUACCGAUGUCACUAUGGGUGAAGUGACGACAUUGAAAGAUGUGGAGGAAGAGAAAAAUCAGAAACGCACGGGAGAGAAACAGGUUUUGGCUUCUGAGAAAAUCCCAGUUGAUGUAGUACAAACAAAAGUGCAGAGUUCUGCGGUGAAGGAAUCUCUGGAAGUUGUAAAGCAUGCUAGUGUUGGAGUACAAGUGGAAGCUGAGAUCAUAGAAAGGAAAAACACUGUUUUUGAAGAUGCCCAAGUAGAAAAUGUAGCAGUUGCAAAUUCGAAAGUUGAGAAUUCUGAUACUUCCCAAGGUCCAAAUACUACUCUGGAAAGUGGGCGGUUGGAAGCACCAGUGCUACACAGUUCCCCUGAUUCAGAGCCUUCAUCUGUUCUAGCUGAAAACACAGCUCAGUUGCUGGAUAAAAAUCCUAUUAAUUCGAAAAUAAAGGUGGAAGGAGAUAGAAAGCCAGAUGAUAUACCCACUGAUGACAUAGUUAAGCCAGCGCCAACUGAUGGAGAGAAGUUAGAUGAACAAGAAUCUGGAAAGGAGUCAACCAAGAAACUUUCUGCAGCUGCACCUCCAUUCAAUCCAUCCCUAAUUCCAGUUUUUGGCUCAGUUCCAGUUGCAGGUUUCAAGGAUCAUGGAGGGAUUUUGCCCCCGCCAGUAAAUAUUCCUCCUAUGCUUGCAGUUAGUCCUGUCCGUAGAUCACCUCAUCAGUCAGCAACAGCAAGGGUUCCAUAUGGUCCACGGUUGUCUGGUGGAUAUAACAGAUCUGGAAGUCGGGUUUCACGUAAUAAACAUAACUUUCAAAAUGGUGAACACACAGGGGAUGGGAAUCACUUCAGCCCUCCCAGAAUCAUGAACCCACAUGCGGCGGAAUUUGUACCUGGACAACCAUGGGUUCCCAAUGGCUAUCCAGUGUCCCCAAAUGGUUAUCCCAUGUCCCCAAAUAGUAUACCUGUAUCACCAAAUGGAUAUCCAGCAUCACCGAAUGAUAUUCCAGUGAAUCAAAGCGGGUUUCCAACCUCUCCAAUUAGUUCAGAAGAUUCCUCGAAUGUUGUAAAUGCUGACCUUGGUGUUGAAACAAAUAUUGAAGGCGAAGCGAAGGAGAAUGAUGAGAAUUCUUCAGUAGAAGUUGGCGCUGAGAAGCAUAAAAUCGACGGAGAGCCGCAGGAAGAACAGUCUGUAGAUAAUGUAAAGACGCAUCCUGAAAUUGAAGAAAAUCCUAUUGAUACAGAUACAGUUCCUGGUGAUACGGUUGUAGCAAAAGACACUAGCAAUUUAGCCGUCGAGGAAAACCCAAGCAAAUGCUGGGGAGAUUAUAGUGACAGUGAAGCUGAGGUCAUUGAGGUUGCUAGUUGAAGAAGGAUCUUGAACUUUUCAUAUAUCAACUGGUCACAGCCUAGGGUUGGGGCGGAAGAAACAACAGAGUUGUGGUGGUCAGCUCUUGAGUGAAUAAAUUUUCCCGUGAAGCCUGUGGUAUAACUAACUAGAAUCCUGUAGAGUGUGAAGACUUUCUGAUACAGUUGUCUUUGCUGCAGUUUGAAAUGAGAAUUUGACAUUAGAAUUGAGUUGAUAGAAUGGCAUGCGAAAGAAAUAUGCCAUCACUGCGGAAGUAUUUGUUGAGUAA